AUGCCUCGCGCGUAUAGCUUGAUCGACGGGUUGGUCUGUGCACCUUGGCUCGACUCCUUUGUUCCUCGCACGACUCCCUUCAAGCACAUCACCAUGUUCGGCAUUUGGACUCAUACCUUCGCUUUCUUCUUUCAAGUACCAUCGCUCUUCAAAAUUCGUCCUCCGAAUAGUGAGAAGCCAGAUGAUGUUGAGUGCUGUAGAGGCUCGGUCAAUGGGAAACCUCCAGGGACGGCAGACGAUACACACGCAACGUCAAUCACGAAAAGCCCAGGUGCCAUGAGCAUCGAAAUCGAUGCCCCGGUCCCGUACGAGCCUCCUCUCGGCGAAAUCUUGAGCGAAGGUUCAACAUCCUGUAUUGUAAAUGUGGCAAUAGGGGUCGUCAUCAAAUGCCCACGGUCCUCUUGGUGGCAUUCGGAGACCGCCGCCGAUAAAUGGUUUGUUCGAGACGUGAAGCGGAGUUUUGAAGUGGAAGAACAACUUCUACAAAUCCUGGGACUACAUCCAAGAAUAAUCAAAACCAGUGAAAUUGACAGGAAUUAG